AUGGCGGCCCAAUCGAGCGAAAGCGAAUUAGAAUUUCCAUUCAAUACCAGUCGAGAAUUCGAACUGAGACUUGGAAGUAGUUUUCAUUCUAAAGGAGGACCGAAAAUGGCCUUUCAUACAAUCAGAUAUGACUUCAAACCAGCCUCAGUAGACACCUCGAGACCGGCAGAGCUUGUUGUAGGUGACAAAAAUGAGGUCACAGUCACUGUUCCUAAUGUACAGGAUUCUGGUAACACUGUUUAUCGUGGUUCCAAAAGAAGUUGUACGAAGGAAUUUAUUUUGGUGGUAGAUAAAGAAAAAAAGACAUUUACACUGGAGAGAAUUGAGUCUACUGUUCCUCAGCUCAAGAAAGUUAGGUAUCCCCACAAGCUUGGAGUUUUUUGGAAAAAAAGAAAGGUGAAAUACAGUACAAUGUUUGGAGUAAAUCUGAACACUGUUCAUCUUCCUCUUGCUUCUCUGAAAUCAAUAGGUGUCCUGCAGUGGUCGUUAUAUGAGCUUCUGGCCACUGGCUGUAUUGAUAUCAGCAAUUACAUUGCAAAGACGCCUGGGAAAGUGGAUGUUACUGUCACCCUUAAGCCAGCAAUCAAGAAAGUUGUUUCUGUCCCACAGAUGAAGAGAUAUGGGAAGAGAUAA